CCAUAGCAAAUUUUUCAUUUGUUGCUCUCCCAUCUGUGUUUUCGUGCUGGUUUUUCGUGUUACAAUUAUUAAUGUAUGCACAUUGGCCUUUCCAAAGCAGAAAAUUACGUGCCUCAACUGACGGGCUUAUGUAAUAAUGAAGUGGAGCGAGCAUUGAACAGUUCUGGUUCACAUCGGUCACCGGAUACGGAUUACUGUGACAGCUUAGCAUAUCAAUUGUAUGUAUUAUGACGACCACGGCCAGUGAGGCGAGCAAAAUGCUUGAGGCAGCAUUGCAGCAGAUGGAUGGUAUUAUAUCGAGCACGGCAACUGCCAGUGCUGGUCAGAUGCAGAUGCAGACCCAGAUGCAGUCCCAGGCACCAGCAGGAGUCGCAACCACAGCUUCUCUGACGAGCUUCUGUGAGCGCAACUUGAUUUCUGCAACCAAUGUGCUGUCAACCGCCAAGACAUUGGCUUUGGCUUUGCAACAGGUUGGUUUGGCGGCGCCAGCUCCAGACCCGGUAACCGCUGCCAUAAUAAGUGAUUGGCUGGAAACGCACAUACCACGACAGGAUUCGGAUGAGCGCAUGCGCCGCCUGCAGCGCGACAAGGAAGGAUUGGCUCUCCAAUACCAAAUGCUGGCGGAACGUGUGUCUGAACAGGCGGACAGAAUUAUUGAGCUUGAGGGUCUGCUUACAGACAAAUCACAGCAGUUGUGCAGCAAGGAGGAACAGUUGCAGCGCCAAAUGAUUUCGAAGUCUGCGUUGGAAACACAGAAACUGGAACUGAUGAGUGCCUUAAGUGAACUAAAGCUGCAUCGCACGGCGCUGGAGUGUGAAAAUGAGGUCAACCUACAGAGGGGAGAGGGGAGCAUGCCCUACGGCAGUAUGGGCAAUAUCCACCAAAAGGGUUUCGCCCCUGAUGGCACACAAGCUCCCAAGACUCCCCCCUCGGCCUUGCGUCACCAAAUCAAGCCGCAGUUUCACAGUUUGCCUCGCUCACAUGGCGGUGCCACUAAACAAGUUCAGCGCCUACAGACCAACAACAACAACAACCACAACAAUAAUAGUCGCGGUCUAGAUGUGAAUGCAAACAGCAGCGGGAAACAACGAAAUGUGGCAUUCGCCUCCAACGAACAAAUAUUGAUAGACGACAGUGUGCUCAUCGAUGGUGCUGUCCCCACCGAGGACGCCAUGUCAAUGUACUCGAGUUUUAGAUCCCAAUCCCAGUCCACACCCUCACCAAAGCUGCGAGAGCGUUCUGCGCGUGGCUUGCGUAACAUCUUGGGCAAGCUGCGACGCAGCAACAGCAGCAAUUGCGAACUGACUGCUCUGGAGCAGGCGGAACCAGAGGAGUUUCGUCGCGGGGGAUCGCGUGCAACUGCAGGCGGCCGCAUCGAAUGGAGCGCACAGACUCCAAUGUUCAGUGAUGCCGCCAAGCAUUACAGCAGCUGGAACGCGCAGGAAGUGUGCAACUGGUUGACGCACAUGGGUCUGGGUUGCUAUCAGGACAACUGCAAAAAGUGGCUGAAAAGCGAUCCAACCGUGUGCUUCUUUACUGCUUCGCCCGUGGACAUUGAACGCGAACUUCAUCUCAAAUUGGCGCUACAUCGAAAGAAAAUCUUAUUGGCAAUUGACGAUAUGACGGGCAAGGAGUUUGACGAGCUCACACUAAAGGCGGCAAACUUGGAUGUAGCCUGGGUUCUACGUUGGCUGGAUGAUAUUGGUCUGCCCCAGUACAAGGAUUACUUUCUACAGGCCAAAGUCGAUGGACGCAUGUUGCAUCGCUUGACCCUUGAAGAUCUUUCCCAACUGCAUGUCAGCUCCUGUUUGCAUAUUGCAUCACUGCGCUGUGGCAUUCUGUGCAUGCGUCGCUUGUCCUGGGACGCUGAAGGCCUGAUUCGUCGCUCAACCAAACUGGCCGAGGGCAUUGAUAAAGCCACUAGUACCGAUAAGGACAGCGUUGACCUGUGGACGGCACACCGUGUUAUGGAAUGGCUGAAAACCAUAGACUUGUCGGAGUAUGCGCCCAAUUUACGUGGUGCUGGCGUCCAUGGUGCACUAAUGCUUUACGAGCCGCGUUUCAACGCCGAUUUACUGGCGGAUCUGCUUUCUAUACCGCCAAGUAAGUCACUCCUUCGUCGUCACUUGGCAAUGCAUUUCAAGGAACUUGUUGGACGGACCAUUAUACAUUGCAAACGCGAUGCGGAAUCGGCUCCUGGCUAUCUGCCGCUUACGAUCACUGCUAAACUGAAGCCACCGAAGCGCUCUCAGUUCACUUUGAAACGUCGCAAGAGCACCAAGGGACAGAGCGAGGUUGAUUGGACUGAUUUAGUUUGUCCAAUGAAUGCCGUUGUGCCAGUCUCGAUCGCACCGGAUCCGGGCAGAGACCAAGAUGGUUCGAUCAGCUCCAAUUAAUCGGUGCCUGAGAUAAAUCAAUAUUUGCGGAAACGAAGCGCGCAAUUUAAAUAUCGUUAAUCUAGUUUUAAGCAUAAGCCAGAAAACUGACCCUGAAACGGAUGAACUGCCCGAUCAAGCAAGAACCAAACAUACAUACAAUUACAUAUACAUAUACAUACUUACAUAUUUACAUACUCGUACAUACUGACGAACAGACAAUAAACUGUAUUAACAAGAAUUUAUCUUCUUCACGUAAUGUGAGCCAAUUUAAAAGCAAUUUUCACGUUAGGACAAAACAAUCAAUUACGUAUUUAACCAUUCAGGUUUCUAAAUGCCCAACUAUACAUACCUUUUUGAAAUUUGGACAUUUAUAUUCUUAUACAAUAACUAACAUAAGACGACUGGAGCCUUAACGUCUUCCAAAACUAAUCUUAAUGACGAGAACUGAAGUAUUUGAAUCAGCAUAUUACCGACCUGGAAAUCAUGCCAAAGUCUGGCAUAACGCACAAUUUUGGAGUUUAUUUUUUUUACUAACAAUUAACUGUAUGUAUUUGACCCAUAUUUCUAAGGUACAAGUAAAUAAGGCCUUAUACAUUUUUUACGGAA